UGUAGUGCUUACGCGCGCGUAUGUAAGGGGGCAUAAGAACAAAGAAGAAGAAAGAAAGAUCACCCGUGGUCCGUUUGUAUGGGUACUGCUCCGAAAUUCGCCUGGUAUUGAUCGAAGCAAUCUACCGAUCAAAGCAGCCGGCCGUUAGUAUUCUUCUUCAGAAGUAGAAUUCGUUCCAGCUUUAAUUAAUUUAAUAGCGCUAAUUUUGAAGAGUGAGAUUCCUUAGUUCCAUUAUCUCCCAGAUUUCUCCCGACUUCGUUGUGUCGACAAGUGUAACUACAUAAUUUGUAGAGAAGGAAUUUGAAUACUACUAAAAGAUACUGUUAGUACAGUCGACGAACCGAAGGCCAUCCAAAAUGCAAUAAUCUCACAUUACCAUAAAGAACUAUUCACGGAGUAAUUCCAUCUUCUGUAUGUAUGCAUGUGUGUGUGUGUGUGUAUGUGUAGAUUGUAAUUUUUUUGUAUAUAAAUAUAUAUACUUAUCCACACACAUACUCGAAACACACACACAUACUCGAAAGGGCGUCUACCUGUGUUUGUGACUAACACCGAAAGCGAAUUAGAUACUAUGCCGCAAGUAUGUACCUAGAGAACAUUGUACGUACCAAAGAGUAUAUUAUGGUACGUACUACGCAGAUUGUGUAAACACACAGAUGGAGGCAUGACGCAAAGGACGCGUGAACGAAGCAAUCGCUUGUGGAAUUUCUAUGAAUAAAGCAUCGUAAAACGUUCUAGGCUACUGGUUGUGGAAUAAGACCUUUUAAAUAGACAGUAGUAAAAACACGAUUUUGCAGACCUUCGCACUGUGACGUGUUAUCCUGACCAUUCAGAUUCUUGGUUGUGUCCAUUUUGUCUAGUGAUUGGAGAGCAUCUCAUAAUCGCAGUGAUUGGUUCUGAGACUCUUCUUUUAAACGCGGGUUCUAUGUAAUUCGACAAGUAGUUCGAAUAAAAUCUAAAAUACCACACGAACAGUGUAUUUUUAACUUUAUCACACAUCGAAAUGUCCGUAUUCUUCGUAAAUGCGACAGAUAGUGAAGUAGAUGAUUCUUCAGGUGUUGCAAGUGGAGUAUCCCAAGGGCAAUCUGAAGCUCAACAAGCUUUAUCAACUUUCUGGGCCAAAGUAACUGAAGAUAUAAAGAAAAUAGGAACGCUGGAUCUCAAAGCUCAAGCAUUGCCAUUAGCCAGAAUUAAAAAAAUUAUGAAGUUAGAUGAUGAUGUGAAGAUGAUUAGCGCAGAAGCUCCUAUGCUCUUUGCCAAAGCAGCUGAGAUCUUUAUUCACGAACUCACCCUAAGAGCGUGGGUUCAUACAGAAGAUAACAAGAGAAGAACACUUCAGAGGAAUGAUAUUGCAAUGGCCAUUACUAAAUUUGAUCAGUUUGACUUUUUGAUUGACAUUGUCCCACGUGAUGAGUUGAAAACUAAUAAAGUGAGAGAUGAUGCAAGCAUCAGAACAGCUUCCAUGAAUCCUGAUCAGGUUCAUUAUUAUUUUCAACUUGCUCAACAACACCAAGCAGCAUUACAACAAACAUCACAACAGACCAAUUCCACUAGUCAGUCAACAUCUGUCCCUACUAUUCAAAUUGUUCAACCUUCAGGACAAUUACAGACUGUAAGUGUUGCUGGGCAAGUUGUAGAACAGACUCCUACUAUAACUGCCAGCAACAGUGCCGCUGUUACUUCUCAGUCUCAAGCAAAUGCAUCACAACAGCAGCAACAACAACAGCAGCAGCAGCAACAACAACAACAGCAGCAGCAAGCCCAACAACAAACAGCACAAGUUAUACAGUUGCAACAACCUGCUCAGUCUCCCCAACAAACUGGUGGGAUUCAGAUUGUGCAACAAAUAGUCACACCAACAGGGGAGAUACAACAAAUUCCGAUUCAGCUUACACCUUCACAGUUGCAAAUGAUAAGAAUGCAAGUACAAGGAAAUACGAAUCAGCCCAUCAUCAUUCAAGCUGCCCCUCUUCAAGCUAUUCAGCAAGCUACAUCUCAACCUCAAAUCAUACAGGUUGCACAGCAGUCAGGAGGAGCUACUCCAGUGUACCUCACACAAGCAACUGCAGGAACUGAAGGAGAGUGAACGUUUGAAAAUACUACUGAUAUUGUUAAUUGUCAAACACAUUUCUGUGAGAAUGGACUGAUUGGAACACUUUGAAUGCUCAGAAAUAUUUUGUGUUUUCACUGCAUGAAUAGUGUGAGAUGACCAAGGUGAAAGAUUUAUUUAUCUGUGAUUGCUGACCAUGUAAAUAAUGUAAUAAAUCUUCAUACUCAAAAACUUUUAUCAAAGAGGCAAACAUUAGCAUAUUAAAGAAGUAUUUACAACAUAAUUUUGUUUCUUAUGGCAAGUAAAUUGAAUAAUAGUGUUAUGAGUACAUAGCUGUUAUUUCAAAAAGUGAAUUAUUGAAUGUCAAUAACAAAAUACGUAAAUACAACGUAGAUAAUUAUGUGAUACUUCAGUGAGAAAGUGUAAGAUCUCUCAUUUUGUAAAGAAGAAAAAACUUUGACAUCACAAAAUCAAUGCAUUAUCUAUUUUCUUUUUUUUUUUUUCCCCAGAUGUAUUUAUUUGCAGAACUAAACAUUGAGAAAAAAUUAAAACAAAAUUGUAUAGGGGCCAAUUGUUACACCUUUAUAAUUGAUUAAAUAAUUUUCCCCCUUGUUUUAUUUUAAUUUUAAAAAAGCAGUAAUAAAUACUUAUUAAUUGUAAGAUUUGUGUGACUUGUUCUUCUCUUUCUUUCCAUCAUAUCUGGAGUGAUUUUAUUCUAGAAAGUGGCUUCACUGAACCUCAAUAAAAAUCCACUGGCGGACCAGUUAUUUUGAAUGUCACGUGUGCCAUUUGUUCAUCUCUUAUUGUCAUGAAUUAAGUUUUUUUCAGUUUUUUCCACUUUUUAUCCUCUUAACUAGUGAUGCUCCAAAACAUCACAGACUCUCUUUUGAGAUGGUGCUCUUUUUGAGUUUUGCUUGCCUCUCUUCCUAAGUGCCAUUUAUCUGCUCAGAAGCUUCCUAUUAAGGCCUCUCCAGUGAUGUAACAUUGGGGCCCAUUAGGGCUGCAUUGCAGGCGGGCCCAGAUAAAAGAGGGCCUACUUUAAGGCUAAAGAUUUUGCGAUUGUAAGAAAUAUUAAUUACUUGAUACUUUGUGAUAGUUAAUAUAAUAAAAGAUUAAAAACAGUGUCUUCCAAUAUAACGAUUUUUUCCUCUUUGGUACCUUAUGCAACCCUGUUUCUAAAUC